GCAGUUGGUGCAGUUUAGUUGAGGUUAUGCGCAGUGUCACAAUGAAUAAACAUAUUUAUUUUUAGUCAAUAUCUAUUAACCCUUUACGUAAACAAGUGCACUAUCUAAUUCUGCUAUUAAAUCCACUCUAAAGCCAUUUUCAGUGCCAAAAUACAAACCGCAACUUUCCGAUGAUUUGACAGAUGCGUCACUUUUGACAUUUACAAAGUCAUCGAAAAAUUAAAAAUGCACAUUCACUAACAUCUCACUCGCCGUUCGGGGACAAAAUUAUUAGUUAUGUCGAAGCCAGAAGGAUACAAUACUUUAAAAAAUGAACAUAGCCCGAUUUUAGAUGAGACUAAUGUAUCCAUACACGCAACAAAGAAAUUGAGAUAUGCUAGUACGGAACCAUACAAUGAUGCCUUACCGAAGCCUGUACAUGAUCCUGAUGAUGAUGAGACGCCCCAGGACGGUGGCCUCAUAAUACAUGUGGCCCCUGAGCCAAACAUGGCUCGGUGGACCCACAUCGAAGACUUAGAUUCUUUCUUUCUACGAAUGUAUUGUUAUCAUCAGAAACAUGGGUUCAAUGUUAUGAUUUUAGCAGAGUUUUUCAGCCUAGCACAAUUUGUAUUUGUUAUAUUUUUUACGACUUUUUUGUGGCAUUGUGUUGAUUACCAAGUUUUGUUCAAAGAAAAACCACCGGAUUCAAAUCACUCUAAAGUAACAAUUUCAGAUGUUGUUCUUGAUCCUUCAGAAUGUAUCUCCAGUUUGGGAGUGGUGGCUUGGACCUGCCUUUGCUUAGCAGGAUUCUGCUGGUUGUUAAGACUUGCACGUUCCGUGUAUCAUUUAGCACAUUACUGGGAUAUAAAGCAUUUUUUUAAUAUUGCUUUAAAAAUUGAUGAUGUUGAUCUUGAUAAUUUGACUUGGCAUGAAGUUCAAAAAAGAGUAAGAGAUGUCCAAAGUGAACAACAAAUGUGCAUUCACAAAGCACAAUUGACAGAGCUCGAUAUAUAUCAUAGAAUUUUAAGAUUUAAGAAUUAUAUGGUUGCUAUGAUCAACAAAAGUUUAUUGCCAGUUAAAUUUCAAGUACCAUUUAUUGGAGAAACUAUUUUUUUAUCUCAUGGGUUAAAAGAAAAUAUGGAAUUUUUAUUAUUUUGGGGACCAUGGUCUCCUUUUGAAAAUAAUUGGCAUUUAAGAGAUGAUUAUAAAAAAUCUGCCAAGAGGAAUGAACUAGCUGCUGAUUUAUCUAAGCAUAUUAUGUAUGUUGCUCUCGCCAACCUGAUUCUGUGCCCUUUAGUAUUUCUGUGGCAACUAAUGUUUUUAUUUUUCAACUAUGGUGAAAUGAUUAAGCGCGAACCAGGAACUUUAGGUGCUAGAGCCUGGUCACAAUACGCCCGCCUAUACUUGAGACAUUUUAAUGAGUUGGAUCAUGAGUUAAAUGCUAGGUUGACAAGGGCUUACAGACCUGCUGUUAGAUACAUUUCAGCUUUUUCUUCACCAUUAAUGACUGUGAUUGCAAGAAACAUAGCCUUCAUUGCUGGCGGUGUAUUGGCUACUCUUCUAAUAUUAACAGUUUAUGAUGAAGAUGUAUUAGCAGUCGAACAUGUUUUAUCUAUAAUGACAAUACUUGGGGCUGUAGUUGCUACAUGCAGAUUGUUUAUACCUGAUGAAAACUUAGUUUGGUGUCCUGAGCAACUACUAGCAGGUGUUCUAGCACAUGUUCAUUAUUUACCGGCAUCUUGGAGGGGAUACGCACACACUACAUCCGUGAGAGACUCUUUUAGUCAACUAUUUCAAUAUAAAGCUGUGUAUCUAUUUUAUGAGCUCAUCAGUCCACUAACAACACCUUUUAUAUUAUUAUUUUGGCUGCGACCGAAGGCGUUAGACAUAGUAGACUUCUAUCGGAACUUUACAGUUGCUGUUGUUGGAGUCGGAGAUGUGUGCUCAUUUGCACAAAUGGAUGUACGUAAGCAUGGUAAUCCUGAUUGGCAAACAAGCUCUCCAAAUGAGUCUCAAGUAGAUUAUGGAGGCCAUGCAAAACCCACAGUGAAUCAGUAUACUCAAGGAGAGCAUGGAAAAACUGAAUUGUCGUUAUUGCAUUUUGCUCUUACGAACCCAGAUUGGGCAAUGCCUCAUGAAGCACACAGAUUUGUUAGUGGCUUGAGACGAGGAGCUAUGCAUGAACUAAGGAAUGUUAAUGGUAACCAAGGUACUAUGAAUUUGGGGGCUAUGGGUUUUUCAUUGAAUACUUUAAGUAGUUUAGGUGAAGAAUACGCUUCAAUUGCCAAUUCAAUUUUGGUCUCAAACUAUAAACUGCCAGGAACAAAUAACUUAUAUGCGCCAGGAUUUAGUAAUUUACAAGAACAAAGUAUCUCUCGCAUUGCAGACAAUGAGAUUAAUAUGAGUCUUAAUGAUUUGAAUCGUGCAGAAUUAUCUGAAAUUCAACCUGAUACUUCCAUGGUGACCCCUGCUUUUAAUACAAGCAUGCUGAGACGUGGUUGA